CAGCAGAUCUGUCCAUCGACGAGCGUAAUCACCCAUCGGCCAGCGUAGUGUCAUACAAGCAUCUCAUCUCUCGAACUUUACUUCAUCCUCUGUGGGCCUUCCGUUUCGUCUGUUCCGCUGGAUAUCCCCAUUCAUCUGAAAGCUUGAUACUUACGAGAUGCCCGCAGAAGUACGGAAUGGCCGCAGAAGACGUGAUCAGCUCGCCAAGUCGCCGAUGCGGUGCAGCUCUUUACGGCAGGCUUUCUGCAGCUUUACGGCAAGCUUUCCGCAAUGCUCGGUUGCCCGCGUCCCGGCCGCAACCCUCGGAGCCUUUACGGCUGCGUAUCUCCCUCUCUUCCCGCUCACCCAACCUCCCUCACCCGAUCCCACCAAACAAACAACAUGUUUAUACCAAUUAUUUUCCUCACACUCGUUUAUACCUGUUCAAACACCCUGCACAUCUGCACACUAUCCCUUGCGAUCUCCCCGCCCUGUACUUUCUACUACUUUCUCCAUCUUUUUUGUCUUUUCCCAGGUGGUGUGUAUUUGUUGUGCUCCUUACUUUCCGACCCCUCCCCACGCAGACUACGUUAUCUCUUGGUUUGUGGAUAUACCGGAUGACUCGAAGAACAUGCUCAGACUCUAUUUUAUACGCUCUAUUCUGUCUCUCACGUAUCCCUCCGCCCCACGCUACCUUCCGCUUCGUUCUCCUCAUGUCCCAGACGUUGUUCAGUCCGGUUACUGUCUAUGCGUCCUGCUGAAUAAGUGGAAAGUACCUAUCCCUCUGGCAGUCUAUUACUGAAUAACCUAGCAUGUACUUUGUUUAUAUACCAUACUACAGAUGCGGCGCACGCAUCUGGGUCUAGGAAUUAGUUCGUGUCAGAAGUUUCGUCAAA